CUUGUCCCGAGGAAGCUAAAGCUGCAGAUAUCGGGGUCCAAUGUAGAGCUAUGACAGUGAAAUAUUCAGAAAUGCAAAAGGAGAAAGAAGCAGCAGAAAGAAGAGUGGACGAGAUAUCUUUCGCAAUGGAGUCAUUAAGUGCAGAGUUGCUAAGAGAAAGACAUAUGAGUUGGUUAGCUAGGGAAUCAGCAAACCGAGCCACCAAGGAAUAUGCAGCUUUAACACGAGCAGUACAAUCACUCGGCUGCAAGAUUAACUUCAGUAGAUCUGAUGUUGAAGACGACCCAAGGGCAGGCUCUCUGGAGAAUAACCCUAGGAGACGAAACAGACAAGGGAACAACUCAGAUGUUUCUGUAUCAAUCUCACUUAUGUCUGAAGAAAAUAGAUCUGAAAACCCGGUAGGACGAGUUUGUGAAGCCUUGUGUCCAUUGCGUACAAGAGAAGGAUUAUGUCGAUGGCCUGAAGCGGGAUGUGCUCAUGUUGGAAGUCAGUUUGUCGGGUUAAAAGCAAACUUUGAUGCGUUUGACCGGCUUGCCAUCGACGAUAGCUAUUUCCAAUCUAAAUGAAAGAAUUAAAUUCUGAAGAAAGCUGUGAUAUUUGUAACAGUAUAAAGCCAAUGGAGGAUCAGAAUCAUCAAUAAAAACCCGUCUGAAGAAAAGGCGGGAGCAUAACCAUAAACUGACAGUGACACCCUGAGUUUUUGGAACAAGGGAGUUUCUCAUCUUGUUACUUUUGUGUAUAGCUAAAAGCAUUAUUUUUUUUCUUAACCACUAAACAAUUAUUUAAUUUAGAUCUAUGAUUCUUUUUGGUUUAAAGUGAAAAAAAAGUUGGGUGAAAGUGAUGUACA